AUGCACCCUGGGCAAUGAAGUCCUCAAAGGGCAUAUCCCUUUGCGCUUGCGCAGCUAGAAGAGACAGCGUCCAACCCCGCAGAGGUAGGGUAGCAAAGCAUCCUGGGUGUUGUAGUCUAUUGGCGGUAAGGAGUCUUGGCGCCUUCUCUUCUCUCAGACUCCCAGAGACUGUUAGAGGAAAAUCAGCUUCUUCCUGCCUCCCAGGCUACCCAGCGGCGCCGGUUGCCGAGAAACGCAGGCGCGGUGGGAAGGGAUGGCGGGAGGCUACGGCUUAGAUGCUGGGGCCGGAGUUGAGUUGGUGAAGAAGAGCUCCUCCUCGUCAUGAAACAACGAAAAGGCCAAGGGCCUGGGGGCGGUCGUGGCCGCAAGAAAAGAGGUUUGAGUGACAUUCCUCCAUCUACAAGCCUGCCACCUCUGGUUGAAGGUCAGCUACGCUGCUUUCUGAAACUUACUGUUAGUAAAGUCAUAUGGAAGAUUGCAAAGCCUCCCUCUUGUGUACUUGUCCGAGUGAGAUGGUGGGGAGAAACAUCAGAUGGAACCCUCUUUUGUCCCAGGGACACAUUGCAGACUGAACCAAAAGCUGUGAGAACAACUACACGUUAUGCUAUUCGCUGUGGUCCAAAGCAAUUUACCUCUUAUCUAACAGAUAUGGCUGUGCUGGUGCUGGAAGUAAUCACCAAACUUGAUCACCUUCCAAUUGGUAGAGUUCAAAUCAGUGGAUUAGCCAAGCUUUCUCCAAUUUAUCACAUCAAUGGAUUUUUUACCAUUAUUUCACCAACAUCUAAGAAACUUGGAGAACUCCAGGUCUCACUUGCCCUGGAGCCUCUGUCAGAAACUUAUGACAGCUAUAACCCUCUUCCUACCACUGACAUGACAGAAAAGGUGCUUUUAUCUGAGCAGGGAUUCAGAGAAUAUACUAAACCCAGCAAUAUCCAGUUUCUAGUUCCAUCAAGGCCUCAGAGGAUACCUACCACGCAAACUGAUGGAAAAGAGUUAGCAGCCAAUAGCAGUAGAUCAACCACUCCGAGGGGGAAAGACCACUUGUACUUUGCAGAGAACUCUGAUACGAUAAAGGACUCCUUUUUUGGACUACAGCACCAUCUUAAUUCAGGGCAGAGUUUAGAGUCUAUGACUCUGAAAGGCAAAGCCCCACAGAGGCAGAUGUCCCUUCUCAACAGCUCUGAGUUCCAGCCUCAAAUCAGGUCAGCUGCCAAGAGUCGCAGUGAUUCAUGCAUUCUUUCUUCAAACAAUCCCCCUACCAAGGACCUGCUUUCGGCUCUGUUGGAACAAGGCAAUAAACUACGUAAUGCCAUGGUGGUUUCUGCAAUGAAAUCAAGCCCAGAUACUAGCAUGUUGUUGGGUGAAGUUCAUUCUCCUGUGAAGAAAGACUUUCUUAGACCAUCAACACAAAUCAAAGCCUUAUCUAAGAAUCAAUUUAAAGACCACAUUGAAGAUCACCUCCUCCCUCUGAAUGAGACUAUACUGUGGAAACAGGACACAAAAGCUGAUACCAGAGCCAUACAGCUGCUAUUGGGCAGUGCUGAAUUAUCCCAAGGUCAUUACUGGGAUGGGCUAGGCUCUCCUCCAGCUUCUCCAUCUCCUGGGAGUGAUGUGUAUUGCAGCAGUGAGCUGAAUGACCCUCAGUAUGACCAGAGUCUCCUGGAGAAUUUAUUUUACACAGCACCUAAAUCGGAUACCAGCAUUAGUGAUUUCUUCAGUGAAAAUGAUGAUAUUGUCCCUUCUAAGAAAAUGAACCAGUCGAAAGCUCUUGCCAGAUCUAAGGUUCUGGAGUCAAAUGAUCCUAAGUUGAAGAAGAGAGCAGUGGACAAGAAAAAUAGAAAUUUGGCUGAACAACAGGCAGUAUCAGAAACUCCAGAAGAUGCCCAGGCGAUGACACUGAGUAUAGACAGACUGGCCCUGCUGGGUAGAACCCAUUCCGUCAGAAUCAUCAUCGAAACGAUGGGAGUUCCUCCAGAUAGCCCUCAGAUGACCCCUGGCAAAAAAAUCUUUCCCGGGAGACCACCUAAGCUGGCGGCAACAAAAAAGCGCACCUUCUUUGUGGAAUAUCACUUUCCUGUGGGCUUUUCCAAAAGUGGAUCGGGAAAGACAACCUUGAUAACUGAGGUCGUUCGACUCGCCUCCAGUAAAAUUACAGAUGGAAUGGUGAAAUUUCAGCAGAGAUUUGUGUUUCCAGUACAGUUUGGUGGCCCAAUGAUAGAACACUGGUGGAAUUCCAACCUCAUUUUCCAAAUUUAUUCAAAGAAAACCCCACAGAAAAAGCCGGAAGUCAUUGGGUCUGCAUCACUGCCUUUGAGAGCUGUCAUUCAUUCUGAGCUCCUUUCUUUCACUGACAAGCUUCCAGUGCAGCAGGAAAAUGGUCAGACUCCACUUGGCCCCCUCACGGUAACUGUGGAGCUUAUUAUAGACAACAAAGAUUUCACUGGUGUCAAGACUAAGUUGAAUAGCAGCACCCAACAUAACCCACUGUGUGCUCUAACAAGUCCAGAUAAGAAACUACUAGAACCUAGCCAACAUGUUACCUGUACCAGAAAUCCACAGAACCUAAAUCAAGUUCAUGAAGAAGCUGCAAAGGAAGCACAAAAUUUGAUACUCCUCAACCCAAAGUCACCAAGCCCUGUUGCACCAAAUCCUUCAACCUUCAUGGCUGUGCCUGCUCACAAUUUAGUAAAUCAGACAAAUGGGUCCACAAAAGAGAGUGCUUUGCUAUUGCAUGUGCUGUUGAUGGUGCCAGAUGGGAAAGAUUUCAUUACUGGAGAAUCUGAGAAACAGCCACCGUGCAAUGUUUAUUUAAAUUGCAAACUCUUUAGCACAGAGGAAGUCACCAGAUCUGUUAUCGCGUGGGGCACAACGAAACCAGUCUUUAACUUUUCUCAGGUGAUUCCCAUCUCCCUGUCUCCCAAAUACCUGGAAAGGCUAAAGAACAAUGUGAUGGUAAUCGAAACUUGGAACAAGGUGCGGAGCCCAGGACAGGACAAGCUGCUCGGGCUGGUGAAACUCCCCCUCCAUCAGUUUUACAUGUCAUUCAAAGACCCCAAGAUUUCUCACCUGCUGCUUGAUGCUCAGUACCCAGUUGUUGCUGUCGACAGCUACAUGCCUGUGAUUGAUGUUUUCUCAGGCCAGCAAAACGGGAGCCUUCGAGUCUUUUUAGCUAUGGGUUCUUCAGAUCAGAUAAUGGCACUACAGAGAUUAAAGAAUGAAGAAGGAACACUUCCUCCCUUCAGCCCUAGGCCAGCCCAUUUACUGGACCAGCCAUCUGUAGCAUCCGUUGCUAUGGAAAAGGACCAAGGAAAUGCAUUGAUGGAGCACCACUUUGAGGUCCAUGUAGAAAAGGUUAAAGGGCUAGCCCCUCUGCAGGCAACAGUCUGGGGAGAAGCAGAUUGUUAUGUCCAGUACUACUUUCCAGUUCAAGACUCACAAUCCGGUUUGCUAAAAGGACCUGAGCUCCCUGAAAAUGGAAUCACUCUGAAGCCUUUCAGAUCUGCCACCACACUCUGUGUUCCGGACCCCAUCUUUAAUAGUGAGCACCAUCACUCUCUCCUGCUGCCAACUGAAGUUCCAGUGCAAAGGCUCCUACUCAGUGUCUUCUCUGCACAGGCGCUCGUGCCUGGAGGUGGAGUCCACUUUGAAGUCUGGUGCAGAUACUAUUAUCCUAACGUGAGAGACCAGAUGGUCGCCAAAGGAACAUUACCAUUAUCGAGGAUCUGUGCCAUGGUCACCAUGCAGCACCGUGAGGAUGUGGGAAUACAGACCUUUAAUCUCCCUUUAACCCCCAGGCUUGAGAAUAGGAAAGAACUGAGGAACCAAUCAUCAGGUUUGCUGGAUGUGGGCCUAAGGUACAGGCGUGUUCCAAGGACAGCAGAGGGAGUUCUUGCUGCCCGAGCUGUCUCCAUCUCAGUCCAGAUUAUCAGAGCCUGUGGACUGCAAGCAGCAGCCAAGGCUUUGGCUGAGCAGGAACCCUCUCUACAGUUUAGUGCCACAGUUGGAGUUAAUGCCUUUGUCACCAUUCAUCUAUCCUUCCUGCCCAAGGGAGAGCAGCGCCAAACCCGCCCUGUGGCCUGUACCUUCUGCCCUGAGUUCUCCCAUCAUACUGAGUUCUCUUGUAACUUAGUAACUCAACACUGCAGUGGAGAGGCCUGUUUCCUAGCAGAGCUGUUGGAGUUUGCAGAGGUCACUUUUGCUAUUUACCAUGAAGAUACCAAGUCAGCCAGUGAUAUAACCAGUAUCCAGUCAUUCAAAGAUUAUCUGCUUGGAGUAGUAAAGGUUCCAACAAAAGAGUUGCUACUCAAGAGAUCUGGGAUCACAGGAUGGUAUCCUGUCAUUUUACCAGAAUAUGGAGCCAUGCCUCACGGCUUGGAACUCAUGCAGAAGAUUGUGGGUGGUCUGGAGCUUUCAGUUUCCUUCACCCAUCCUGGAGACAGAGAGCGGGUAUUGGAAGCUGCUGAGCUGUUAGGCUGGAGCUUUGAGAAUAACCUGAAGGAUCUUGUCAAGAUGAAUGAAGAGGAGCCAGCGGAGCCAGCCACUGUCACCAUCUCCACACCAAGGCUCUGGCUGCCCAUCCAUUGCGUGCUGCUUGCUGGCCAGAAGCACAUUCAUAAGAACACGUAUUUCUACCUCCGCUACAAGCUGUAUGACCAUGAAGGCUUUUGGACUCCUCUUAAGAAGCCUAAGGAAUCUACCAACAAAGAGCAGGUCAUGGUUACUUUUAAGGCAUCCAGAAGAGCAGAAGUCACUAGGGGCCCUUCACUGCUUUGGUACUUCAGGGAGGAGAGAUUAGAGAUCCAAGUGUGGCGGGCUUAUGGCAAUGACAGUGUGGAGAGGCCCCACCAGACAGACAGCUGGAUUGGCUCAGCCUAUGUGGACCUGGCCAGGCUUGGGGAGAGGACAGCAAGGACACUAACUGUCAGUGGUGUGUAUCCUCUAUUUGGACGAAAUGCUUCCAACCUCUCAGGAGCUGCCUUGCGAGUUCAUGUGGUUCUUUCCCCUCUUUCCCUACAUCCUGAGCCCACUCAUGAGCUGGACUCAAUGGACUGCAGUAGCCACAGUGAGUCUGAGCAGCUCCCCAGAAGGAAUGAUGAGAUUCAGCUCUCUCUACCACCUGGCCACCAGAAGUCUCCUGCCUCCGCCCAGGUCCCCUGCCAUAGCACCACAGCCGAAUCCUCUCCGGCCCAGGAGGGCCCUGCUGAGUUGGAUGGAACGUUUGCAGUCAGUAUCCUGGUGGAAAGAGCAAUGCACUUGAGCUUGAAAGGGACCCCCUUGACAGAGCGGAAAGUAUCAACACCCAGUUGUUGUGUAUCUUUUGCAACAGCUGAUGAGCCAUCUCCUGUCUACACCCAAGUGGUUGAAAAAACAGAUUCCCCCAUCUGGAAUUUUCAACAGCAAUCAAGGCUUUCAAAAGAGCUUCUUUUGGACCCACAGAAAACUCUGGUCUUCAAAGUUUGGCAUAAAGGAGAUGAGGAGAGGGUGAUUGGCUUUGCCUCAGUGGAUCUCUCCCCGCUUCUCUCUGGCUUCCAGUUUGUCUGUGGUUGGUACAACAUCACAGACUUCAGUGGAGAGUGCCAGGGGCAGAUAAAAGUUGCUAUCUCCCCUUUGGAGAGUUUGAUGCACUUCAAAGAAGAAAGGCAAACAAGACGUGGGGUAGAGACCCCAGGAUCACUGAUCCCAAUAUACGGUCCAUUUUCUUUCCCUGUCUCUGAUAUGUAUGCUGCAUUCCCCAGCUACAUGGCAAGACAGACCCCUGAACAACUUGCUCACACCUCAUCAAAGGAGCUUCAUUUCUCCUCUCCUGGGAGAAGCGGUGCUGCAAGAAACGAGGCAUCACGCCAUGAAGAGCACGUGCAGAACAUCCGCCGGUUUCAUGAGUCCCUGCAGCAGGGAGAGGCAGGCUUGCCGAGUGACAACUCAUUGACCACGUCGCCCUUGUCCUCCCGUACUUCCAUCCUGACUUCUCUCAGGAGGAAUCUGAGUGAGCUAGAUCAGAUCCAGCGGUAUUUCAGCCAGAAGCUCACCAGGCCUCUGCCUCCUCUCAGUCCUCAGACUCAGACCAUCCUGCAGCGCCAGGAGAGCCAUAGGGACCAUCAUGGGCCGGGAGCUAGCAGCCUAGACCCUGGCAGCCAGUGCAUCCUGGAGAAAUCCAACAACCUGGUGUUGCAAGUUGGCUCCUUAAUCAAGGAUCUGCAGACUGUCACCAGGAAUUCUCAAGCAUCUCUGAGUUCUCACCGAUCCAGGAGUAGAAGCAGAGACGUUACCGCUCUCCCAGAUGCUCAGGACACAGAGGCGAUGGAAGAAGAACGAAGCACAACUCCAGACCUGCCAUUGGCAAAAGCUCCAGAUGAGGGCACAGAGUCCCCACCUCCCCCUACUCUUGAAGAGACUUCGAGUGGAAGGCGAAUGCUCCAUGAGGCCCUGGAACACACAGUACCCAUUACAAGCAUGCAGAGCAGUGAGGACACUGAGGCAGGCCCAGCCUACAGCGAUGAGGACUAUGAAGAAGACAUCAUUGAGCCCAGGACACUCAAUGAGAUCACCACCAUAACAGAUAAAACUAGCCCUUGGUCCAGUUUCAUGUCGGACACAAGUGAGAUCAUUAGCCUUCAGGCUGAUGAGGUGCAAAGGGUAGGCCCCUCUUGUCCUCCUCCAGAGUCUUGCCCCAGAGAGGAGCUCAAGGCCAAAAGUAGCCUUCUGUCCAGCCCAGAAAGGGCUGUCAAUCCCCACAUGCCUAGGCAGGGUCCUGCUAGCCAAAACCUUGUUCCUUAUGAGGGUGCGGGCUCUCAGGCCAGGAUUGGAGAGCCUGCCUCAGCAGACCCUCAGUUCAUCCGACACGUGACACUCUCGGGAGCCCAGCAGAGCAGCACCUGCUCGCAAAGGGCAGGUCAGGACCAGGAGCCCAAGCCAAUGGCCCAGGCUGAGAAUAUAGCUGCCUCCAGCGAGCUAAGUGACUCUGCUGAUAGCUUUGAGGAAUUCCCUCUAUACCUAGCCUCUCAGACCAAAAGGGAAAACCAUAAGAGGCCACCUAUGAACUGCUCUGACAUCAGGCAGAAGCAGGCGACAUCUGGAUCAGAAGCUUCCACAAAGCAGAGCCACCUCCUCCCAGAGCCCAUUGUGCCCAACUUCUUUUUACCUCCCCAGCAGUUGGAGGCCUCCCUGCGGAUGCUCUCCCUCUCAUCAGCUUUGCCACCACCAGCCACAACAGAUCAGAUUUGGCAGCGUGAUGCUCAUUGGUGAUCUCAGAAGAGUAAUUGCAGUGAUGUAGUGGAGAAGGGAGCCAUAAAGUACUAUUGUGUGCCAGGCACCAUUCUAGGUCCUGGGGUGAACAAGGCGUAGAGCCCCUGCCUCAUGGAACUUUUAAAAAAAAAAAAAAGUAUAACUUCAGAGAAUAAUACAUGCUAUGGACAAAAUGUAUUCGUUUGUUUAUUAUUAAUGGUAAUAGCUCACCGCUAUUUAAUGCUUACUAUGUACUAGACAUUAUUCUGUGUUUACAUGUAUAAACUCAUUUAAUUCUUCCAACAACCCAAUGAGAUGGGUACUGUUGUUACCCCCAUUUAAUAAAUGAGAAAACUGAGGCUCAGAGCUUCCCAUACUGACCCAUGAGGUAUUAUUAUUUCUAUUUUAUAUAGACACAUAAAGGUUAGGUCACUUGCCCAGGGUCUCCCAACUAGUAAGUGAUUGUAAACAUAUGACUGCAAACUCUGUGCUUGUCAUUAUACCACUCUAAAAUCAUGACACUUGGCUUACGGUAUAUUUUUCUAGCCCAUUUGCCUUCUUUUAAAUAGGUGUCAUUUUGAAAUUUAAGCACUUUUUCUGCUUUGCCAGAGCCUACUUUGAUGACAGAUGGGGUCAGCCCAGGAGUAUCCUGAGAGCCUGGGGUUAUCAUCCUAAAGAGAAGCCAUCAGAUGUCUAAGCCUUUCACUGGUUUUCCUUCCCCCACCCUCCCUCAACUUCCCCAGCACCGUUUUCAGGACUUCUCAUUUAUUUGGCACAUGGACCAAUCUAAGUUCUCACACAUCUCUAUUAAAUUUGUAAAUUCUCUCCUGGAGGAGGGGAGAGGCCAGUCCCCCUCAGGAGCUCUGCAUUUUUGUCACCUUCAUUCCUACUCUGGUUUUUGGUCACCGGCUCAUAUCUUUCCUCCCUGCAUCUUCCCUUGCAUGUCCCACACAUGCCCAUCAGCAUAUACAUGAGGGUCACAGGGCUAUGUCCAGGCAACAAGCAGGAGCCUAGGAGCGAGAUGCCAGUACGAUGAAAUGCUUAACCUGCUACUCGGUAGCUAAGUGAUGCUGGGCACGUGACUUGACCUUUCUGAGUCUCGGGUUCCUUAUAAAUAGCAUCAGGCUAAUAUAAUUCUUAUCUAAUAGGAUGAUGGCAAGAAUUACCCCAGAGGAAAAAAGCAGAUACUGUUAGUUCUCUUUCCCUCUUCCCCUCCCAGCCAAGUGGGUGAAGUGUCAGUGAGUCAUGCCCCACAGGGCGGUCUGUGCGCCACUUUGAGCUGUCAGCCCUGACCUGCCAAGCAGAAUUGCUGUUCCUGCCCUCAUGUUUCCGCCUUCGCAACGUGCCAGCCUCCAAGGGGACAUGCUGUCUUUGAUCUGUUAAACUUAAGAUACAACGUGUGGAGGAGGGAGAAGGAAGAAUUUUCACUUCAGUUAAAGGGCAGGUCUAGUUUUGAGAAGAUAAGUCUCACACUUUCCGGCUGUUUUUCUUUUUUGACCAUAGUAAAACACCACUGUUUGCUGCUCUCAAGGCCACUUCUGUCUUCGGGAGCUCAUUCUGGGUCCUCGUUAGGAUAACCAACCAUCACAGUUCACCCAAAAACUGCCCCAUUAUCGGCAUUGAAAGUCCCACAUCCCAGGAAACCUCAAGAGGUUGGUCAUCCUCACUGGCAAUGGGCUCUCUCAUAACCUGGUGCGUUUGUAGCCAUGUAUUUUCUGAGUCUUAUGCUCUUUGCUGGCUGCCAGCCAAUGCUGGAUA